GGCGCGGGCGCGCAGAGGCUGCCGGGAGUUGUAGUUUCCAGCUCGGUGGGUAGAGUUAGGCGAGCGACGCCUGUGGCCUAGUCCAUCAAUGGAUCCGCCGGGAGAGAAGGUAGACCUUUUCCCGCUUCUGUCCUCUUUGUCUGGGAAGGUUAUAAGGGAACUAUCGGCCAUUAAAGCGGAGACAGAGAGCGGCCACGGCUAAUGCAGUUUAUUAAUUAAACGCGGAGCUCCCGAGGUCUUUGUUAUAAUAUACAGUAUGCAUGCAGUGACACUGUGCCUUGUUAUUACUACCAUCUGCUCGUUUAAACACAGUGUGCCCUGCUCCUCCGGCUCUCUCAUUUUUAUACUUUUUUUUUUUUCUCUUAAUUGUAGCUUAUUUAUUUGUUUUCUUUUCUCCAGGAAGAUAACUCAAACGAUGGCCGGGAUCCAGAGGAUAAUUCAAAUGAUGGGAGCCAGCCUGCCAAGCGGAGAUGCACAGCCUCUGGGGAGAGCUCCCCAAUCUGUGAGAAUUCAAGUCAGGAUUUUGGGUACUGUGGAACAUUUAGGCAAAAUAAUCAAAUUACAUAGCACUGGUGAAAUGUCAAGAGCCAUUUGUAUGUUUGAAAGGGCUACUCCUGAUUAAGGCUUUAUAAGGGGAGUAGGGGGUGUGUGUGUGUGUGUGUGUGUGUGUGUGUGUGUGUGUGUUUUAGUGGUUUAUUCACUGAAUGUUGAACUAGUGAAUGCAAAAACAUGAAGCCAAGAUAGCCUACAGAUGAGUUGUCAAUUUUUCACUCUCACCAGUUUCGCCCCAAAUCUUGAAAACUUACAUUUCAUUUCACCACAAUUCACAAUUUUGUGAUUGUUGUAGCUGAGAAUUGAUAAAAUUCAUCAUUUAAUUAAUUAAAACCGAGGCUGUCACUCCUUCUUGUCUCUAUUAUAUUCUGUAUGGUUUUUACCUGUUGUUAAAAUCUCCAUUUUAUAACUAUAAAACACUGUGGAAUAUGUUGGCGCGCUAUAUAAAUGCUUAUUAUAAUAAUAGGGAUUAUUGAGAAUGCUUGCUGCUCUUGAUGCGAAUGCUGCACACACUAUCAUAUGCAGCUGCAAAAUAUUUUUAUGUUAAUACAAUUUGUGAUAGAGUGCAUAUAUACCAGCUCAUUGUAAUUAUGAUGCAGGCUGUAAGUGUUAUUUAUUUUAUUUUUUUUUAAACAUUCUGUUUGGGUUCACCUGUAUGCAUAAAGGCCUUAAAUCAAUAAAAAUGUAAAUUAUUCUAAAGAUAAAUUACAUAUUUAGUUGCUUCAGAAGAUGUUAUGGUUAAUUACCUGUCCAAAUUGCCUGCAAUUACAGUAUCCUCUCCUGGCCCAAGCUUACUCCCUUCCCUCUCCAACUCACUGACCACUGUCAACCCAUCAGAGUGACUCAAAUUCUUCUAGCCAGAGUGAGAUACACUUGGAGUAUCUUUGCAUCUACUGUGUAUGCAGAUCAUUGAUUAACAGUAGGGGACAAAACCAAAUUCAGGUUUUAUAUUUUUGAUAGCACAAUUUAGAUGAAAUGUUAUGCAUACAUGUAUUGAUGGAGUCUGUUACUUCUUUUUUCUAUAUCCAUGCACAAACAUCUCUUUGUAAAAAGGUUACACUAUCACUACAUUAGUGUAAACAUUUGCCUGCUAAAAUAAUAACCAUUGCUUGUUUAUUUUCAAUAGUUAAGCAUUAAUUUGUUUUUCCUCAGAUCCAAUUACUUUCCAGCAGAAAAUCUAAUUGAAUACAAAUGGCCACCAGAAGAAACGGGGGAAUACUGUAUGCUGCAAGAACAAGUCAGUGAAUAUUUAGGUGUUACUUCCUUCAAGCGUAAAUAUCCAGGUAAAUUUGUACUUUGAAAGGUGAAGGCAAUGCCAUCCAUACUUUUAUUUUGAUAAUGCUUUUCAGAGAUAUUCAUGCAAGUUAAGUAAAUAACAGAGAUUCUUAAAAGUGGCACUCUAGGCAGUUGAACCAUACAGAGCAUUUUAGUGCCUAGGGUGCUGUGGGUCUAUGGAUGCUGUCAAACUGUUUGGAAUGACUGUAAUAAUCUGGGUGUGGGCUAGCCCAGCAACUUUAUUCUAUCACUGCUGAUAUUGUGGUAGUAUAGUUUCCGUGUUAUCAGUUUCAUUAUAUGGGAUGUGGGCAGACUACAGGUAGUGGGGAAAGCCCUGAUUUUUAUCAAACCCCUCAAAACAGUGUGACAAAAAAUAAGGAUGGGUCCAUAUACAAUGAGCUAGAUAUUUAUGUCAAGGGUGUGCAACCUUCUGCACUCGAGUUGUUGUGGACUUAAUCUCCCAUAAUGCUCUCAAAGCCAUUUUGCUUCGGGGGAUGUAGUAUACAACAUCUGGGGUGCCAGGGGUUGCCUACCCUUAGUUGAUGUUGUUUAAACUAGAUGCAACUAAUUUUUCCAACUUUAUUUUAUUUUUUUCAAGGGACAUUUCAAGCACCAUUUGCCAAUUAUUCACAUUCUUUGUCAAAAAAGUGAAGCCUAUAUUAAAGAUAUAUUGUUCUUGGGGUAAAAUUGUCAGGCACGCUAAGUAAAUAAAAAAAAAUAUUAAAGUAGAAAAAAUUGUCCAUUCAGCUUUGUUUUCAGUUCAGCUGUUUUUGCCUAAACAUUUAUAUUCACUUUGAAUUUCCUACAAUUCAAAUUUUUCAUAAAUAAACCUACACUACGUAACACAGUACAGAAAUGUACAAAAGGUGGAGUGCUUUCUAUUUACAUGUACCCAACAAUAUAUUAUAGAAUUCAAAUGUUUACAAAUUCCUUAAAUGUUGGAUCCUUAUAAAACGUGCAAGCAUACAAAAAAAGUAAAAUAUAGCAUGUAUGUGUGUACCGACUUUCUUCUAUUGUUGUAGACUGUGUUUCCUAUAGAAAGGGCAGACUAUAUUAGAGCUGAGGCAUAAAAUCUGAAGAGCGUUAUGGGAGUUGUAGCCGACCAACAUCUGGAGUGGUCAACGUUGCCAAGCUCUGAAUUGGAGGAUGGAAAGGGAACAGCAAUAAUGUGAUUCCAUAUGGUCUGUUUAUGGAGGAGGGCGGUGUGCUAAUCUAACAUUAGUAACCAUGUGUAUUAGCCCUUUUUGAAGAUGUCCACUUUGUGUAGACAAGUGUCAUAUAUUUUAAAAGGGAAGCAUUAAAAGUGGCAGUAUUGAAAUAAUCUUUUAGUUAUUUUUUGCCAAUUCAAAAUUGCCAUCGCAAAUUUACCAUAGCUAUAAUAAUGGCUCUGGACAGCACUGCAUUGAUACCUUUUGCUAUAGAUCGUCCUCGAUUCUCAGAUGGUGUGUGUGUGUGUGUGUGUGUGUGUGUGUGUGUGUAUAUAUAUAUAUAUAUAUAUAUAUAUAUAUAUAUAUAUAUAUAUAUAUAUAUAUAUAUAUAUAUAUAUAAUCUCCCCAACAAAAAUGAAAUAUUUCUAUACUGCUAUAUAAACCAUCAUGUAUUGUACUGUUUAAAGCCGUGGUUCCCAACCCAGUCCUCAAGUACUCCCUAACAGUCCAGGAUUUAGGGAUUACCCGGUUGUGUCUAAGGUGUUUUUAGAAAGGGGACAAAAACACUUGAGACACAAUAGGUUAAUCCCUAAAUCCUGGAUUGCAAAAAGAAGUACUUGAGGACUGGGUUGGGAACACCUGGUUUAAAGGUUUACUCAAAGCACCAGGACCACAUCAGGGAUUUAAGUGGUCAUGGUAACUGGAGUAUGUAUGUGCAGCUUUUCACUAUUAAAUGUGGCACAUACAGAGCUUAACUACUUUUACUGCCAGAGGUGUAAUACCUUCUCUGACAGCAGCAUUUGGGUGACACUAAUCCCACCCUUUGUGCUGCCUAUGUCCUCUCUUGAGUCUGUCCUUCCCCCUACAUCCCUGGCAUCUAGAGGGAAUGGGGACAGUGAAGGAGGAUAAAACUGCAGGUAGAACUUGGCCUUGGUGCUGGAUCCCAGGUGCUUUUUAGUUUUAGCAAAGUAAGGGUUACAUUGGUUGGAAUAACCCUUGAAACUCACAUGGAGUACAGUCUGUGUAUUGGCUCUGAGGUUAUAUGCAUUAUUACUACCUGGAAGAGAAUAACCCAUUUCCGGUAUACAAACGUUAUUUUAAUUAACCGAGAAAUGUGUGUAUAAAUCUCACAAAGUAAAAGCAAUAUUAUUCAAAUCUGAUGUCCAAUAAUUUAAGAUGUAUUCUGCCAUAUGGCUUUUUAAAAUUAGAUUUGUUCUUCAAAACGUACAUUUUUGAUUAGGCAAUUGAUAGGAAAAAGUUCCCCUCCCUCUAGCUUGUGUGUUGUUAUGAGGAAGUUCCAGACCCUCAUUAUUUAUAAAAGUGUUUAUACUGCAUGCAUAUGCAUUAUAAUAAGCGACUGCAAUCACAAUAUAGGAAAAUUCAGCUUAAAGGAUCACUAUAGUGUCAGGAAAAAAAAAGUUUCCCUGACACUAUAUAACCCUUAGGUCGCCCCCCACCCUCAGGGCUCCCUCGGCGCUGGUGACCUCUCCUCCCAUUCCGACACCAGCUCCCGAGUGGAGCGGAAUGCACGUGCGCGGCCAGAGCCACACGUGCAUUAAAAACGCCCAUAGGAAAGCAUUUUUCAAUGCUUUCCUAUGGACGUUCUGCAUGCUGAAUGCGAUUUUCGCAUUCAGCGUCGCAGAAGUGCCUCUAGCAGCUGUCAGGAAGACAGCCACAAGAGGUUGGAUUAACCCUGCAAUGUAAAGAUAGCGUUUUUUCUGAAACUGCUAUGUCUACAUCUGAAGGGUUAAAACCUGGGGGACCUGGCACACAGACCACUUCAUUGAGCUGAAGUGGUCUGGGUGACUAUAGUGGUCAUUUAAGCUCCUUUUAUUACACCCAUGUUAAGUCAGUAUUGCUAAUUUUACAAAGGCUCAUGCUAUGAGCUUUUAUAGUAUUCUAAUAUGUGUGUGAUGAAAAUGUAUAUUUAUGUUUUAUUGUAAUAUUCAUUGUACAAUAGUGGUAUAUAAUAUUGUAAUAACAUGUUAUAUUAAAACCGGUCCAAUUAAAGUAAUUAAAAAUAGUAAUAGUAUAGUUACUUUAUCACAUGAUGGUAAUUGAGUUAUUUCUGAUUCUAACCGUUGCUGCUGCUACCUGUGUCAUAGGAAGUAAAUGGCUUUAAUCUGUGAUUCUUUCAAAGGAUUAUUAUUUUGUUACUAGAAAGAAAUGCUUUGUUUUGUAUAGAGAAUUCAAUGUUAUGUUUAAUUGCUGUGCAAAUUAAAAAUGCCUUUUCUUCUUUUAAAGAUUUAGAGAGAAGAGAUUUGUCCCACAAGGAGAAACUUUAUCUAAGGGAACUAAAUGUCAUUACAGAAACACAGUGUACUUUAGGUAAUUAUUACCAGCUAAAAAACCUGCACAUUCUGGCUGUGCUCCUGUCAACUGAGAUUAAGAGCACCUGUAUGUAACCAUUUUGCUGCAGUAGUGAUAGAAACAUGUUUCAAAAAAACCCUGCGUUCCACAUUCAGUAAAUACCCUGGUUGCCAUAGUAACUAGCAGAGAUACUAAACAGCUGUACUCCAAUAUAACCUAAAAGGCAAUGAACCCAUUUAACUGAAAAAUGUCUACGCUAACACUGAAAGAAUGCAAGAUAUUAAAGAGCAGUACUAAACAGAUAUAUUAGUAAGUGGUAAUAUUUUACAAUAUUUAAUUUUAAUGCACAGGAGUUAGAAAUUGAACCGUGUUGCAGAUUAGCAUGACGGUGAUCUGUUUGUUUGUUUUUUAAUAUUCUUAGACUGGGUUAGAAGGUAUCACAGUCAUAGCUAUAACUGAGGCCUCUUUUUUUUUUUUUUUUUUUUUUCUUUUCUGUUCCUUCUUUUUUAAAUAAUAAUACAUAGUCCUGAUAAACAGCACUCGUGCCUCGGAGCAGCAAAUGAGUGUAAAACAUAAAUGGUCAUUGUGUUGCCAUGGACACUUCGCUACUCACUCAAGUGUAAUUAAAAUGCAUACUGUAAAUUCCAGUACCUCAUUAGACUCUAUAUAUUCAAUGCUACCUUUUGCUCUGAUUUACUUGUGUGGAAGCUUUGUCACUGGAAAAUAAUUGCUCAUUUGGAAAGCUUUGAUGAUAAAAUCUAUGUAUCUAUAGUGCAUCUCAUAGACAAAAAGUUCAAGGCUAAGUAAAUUAAGUACUCCUAAACAUUGUAUCAAACAUGCCAUUACGUACCACAUCAUAUAAGCAUAGAUAGCAGCAUAAGAGUUGUAUAAUAUCUAUGUAUCUAUAGUGCAUCUUAAAAGCAAAAUGCGUGAGUCUAAGUUAAAGUUGAUAUAAUAUUGAACAUGCUUAUGAAUGCCACGGGGUUUGAACAUAAAUUGCAGUAGGCUGUUUAAGAUGUUUUUUUUUUUUUGUUUUUUUUUGAUGCUUCAGUAAGAUGGAUGUUUAAAGAAACUGAUAUCCAGUAAUCACAUCAGAUAUGACUGUGUCACAAUGUCUACAUUUACAUCGAAGUAUGACAGCUGCUUAGUACCACCAAUUGUUUGCUAUGAUUAGAUUAAUCUUCGAGAUAUAAAGUGUAUUCCUAAAUCAUAUAAUAAAUUCAGAGCAUAUGUGAUGUAGCAUAUCCCUAAAACAAGACCAGACUGACUUAAAUCAAAAUGACCCGAACAAACUUAAUUAUUCCUAUUAGUAUGAAUAAGGCCUGUUUGACUUGCAUAGCUGUUACAUCCAGGACCGGAAAGUAUGGAAACUUAUGAGGGGAACAAAACUUGUGUGGACUGGCUGACUCUGAAAUGAGUUAAGGUAAUGCUGACUUUACACACUAUAAAAUACUCUUGCUGCGUCGGUCUCUUUUUAGCACUAUGGCAUGUUCCCUUUUCUUCUACACUCACUGCAACCAUCCUUUCUCUGUCUCAGACAGCGUACAGUAGCUUCUACCUACUAGUAAGGGGAGGAGUGGACAAGUGAUUGCUGGGGAAUAGGCCCCAAAGAGCGUAAAUUGAGUGUAUUAUUAGAUGCAUUUUCGCCAAGCUAAGGGUGCUGGAACAGCGCUGUCUACAUAGUGUAUGCCCUUAGUUGGCCAGCCUUCAUGAUUGGCAAGCAGCCUGACAUGCAUUCUUGUGAAGAUGAACUUCCAAUUCUUUGGGCAGUGUAAGCUAUGUGAUUCGAAUCAGUGACCCACCCAUUUACCCUGCCCACCGACAUACUGCUUCACUGGCCGCUGCUGUUAAGGUGUAUGAAUUUGCUUGAGAGAUGAAAGCAAGAGAUUAGCAUAGGGUAUGUGUUCUCAUAUAGGUGAAUCUUUUGAUUUUUACCUCCAGCACUACAUUCAGCAGAUACAUGACACCUGGGAGGUAUGACUGUUUUAGUGAUUUCUGUUGAUAUGAUUCUGUAAUUAGACCAGUCAUAUAUGUCAGCACCAGGCCCGAUGGAUUCUUAAUCUGUUUAUGGUUACAUCAAACUGCUAUAUUCUGUUACCUAAUAUUACUUAAAGUCUACAAACUAAAAAUGUGCUCUAGAUAGACAGUUCAUCAAAAACAUUUAAAAGGGGUGAGGGGCGUUGCCCGCAGUGAACUAAACCAGAUGUUUUUCAGUGGAGCUCCGUUAUGGCCACACAAAACAGAGCCAAUAGCCGCAAAAAAUAGAGCCAACGAACCCUAAAAGACCUACCACCCCCCAGAUAACAAGAUGGGGCACAAAAAUAAGAGAACCCAGCGUCCAGAAAUAGCUAGUCUCCAGGAUAUCAAGCUUUCUUUCGAGAGACCUGCACCGCAAGAUGGCGCCCGAGGUGCACAAGGACACGGAGACUUCCGAUGAAUCCCAGGAGGGAGAAGAAUCGAUCCCCUCAUCCACACAUGGAGGUACUCCCCAGACAUCCGAGUCGGAAGAAGACUCGUCCCCAUCUACUACAGGGGACAUAAAGAGAGGUUGCUGAAGGACCUAAGGAAGGCGGACCUGUUGGAGACACAAACCGAAAUGGGUGUCAAAAGGUGAGGGAAACCGCUAGAGACAGCCACAUACAAGAAGCCAGAAGCCAAAUUGAGGGACUCACAGCACAUGUCCAUCAGCUUCACUGAGCAGUGACCCUGCUAGAAACAAGGCAUAGACACCGGAAUAUACGAAUAAGGGGCAUUCCAAAGUUGGUUGAGGGGUAGCAGCUGCUGGAAUUCACAAGAAAAACAUGAUUGCCGCUAUGGGAUUCAAGGGCUGCGCAGAAAAAAAAUCUGGAGCAGCGCCCAGCGGUGUCCCGAGAGAUGUCACGGUACGCACCGCGAGUAUGGCUUGAUCCAGGGAACUUCGAGGGCAACACGCUGGCAAUAUACAGUGAUCUCCCUUUUGCAGUGCUGACAGAACGGAGGAGGCUAGCACCAGUUGCAUAGCGGCUAAGAGACAGCUCUGUGAAAUAUAAAUGUGAAGUCGACGGUUCCCUCACAGCAACAACUGGGGCCAGACCCAUUGCUCUCACCUCAUCUGAUGACCCAGAGCCCUUUCUACAGAGUCAAAGCAUACUGGCCGAAUCGCAAGCGGCUGCACUAUCCCCAACCAAGAAGCCCACUAAUGCGAAUGUGACCGACAUACCGACACCAAUGUCCUCGAGACCCACCGUGUGAAGGCAGCGUUCUUGGAACACAGAUACAAGGAUCCCUUUACAGCUGACACCUCUGGGACCAAGACUUAUACUCUAGACAGAGGGUCACACAAGGCGUAAUGCCUGAUCUCUUCCCAGGGACAUUAGGCGGCAGAAAAAGAUACGAAGAUCCCACUUACAGUUUAUGCAACAUUUCUAUCUUACUAUAAAUAAUCACUGUUGCAUAUAAUGUCUGAGGCGCAUACCGAUGCAAAGCAUUAGUCUAUAUUGCCAAUUUAUAUAAUCAUUAUAAUGGUCUUGAUGUAUACUUUAUGUGCAAAUGCAAAUAAAAUAUAAAUAAAUAAAUAAAAAACAUACCAAAGCAAGAAAGUAUGUACAGUAAAUUAUGUACAAAAAGCAAUAGAAAGGAAUAUAUAUAUAUAUAUAUCUAUAUAUAUAUAUAUAUAUAUCCACAAUAUAAUUUUAAAGGAUGAGACAUGCAGUGCAUUUCUUAAAUUGUGUAAAAGGAAAUCCCUCAUUCAUCCCAUUCUUAUUUAAAGUCUUUAGUUGGUAAAAACGAUAAGCUUUUUAACCAGAGUCCUGAGGAAAGUCCCAUGCUGGGACUGAAACAUUUGAGUGACUUUUUAACAUCAAAUAUAAAUGUAUGUUGGCACUCGAACCUGCAAAUAGGUGCUGGUAUCAGGGUUACCCACCUAUAUUAAUCCCAACAUGAAUAUACACAAAAAUAAGAAUAUCGCACCCCAAAUUCUUGCUCAAAAAAUCAAAAGUAUUUAAUGGAUAGUAUAAACAAAAAAUAAAAGUCCUAUUUCUCCCCCUCCCCCUUUGGGCUGUGGGGGAUAUCCCGGUCCACACUACACUGCCUGCAGAUCGGAUAGACCCUGGCAGACAACGCAUCGGAACCACGGAGUGCAAUCCUAUGCACAAGAUGGCGGGCGCACUUCCAUGUCACAGCCAAGCCACAUGAACACGUAUUCACUGCGGACCGGUGUCCCUGGAGAGCUUCAUGUCAAAGCUCGAUGCUUUCUUUGAGGCCUUCUGGGCGAAGUUGGCGGCAAGAGCAGCAAUCUCCAAGCGGGACCCCCGAGCGGAGGAUCAGAGGCGUGAAGCACAAAAUGGCCGCGGAUCACACUGCUGCAUUAAACAGUGCCCUGUACCCGCCGAAAGCGGCAACUACCUUCCUGGACUAGAGGUCACCAAACGACUAGCUCUCCGGCAUCGACCACACAAGCGGAGCAUCCCACUCAUACGGCAACGCAAGACCUUGCUCCAGCUCUGCUCUCCGUUUGUAGGGAAGGACUUGGACUUUGCAAGGUCCCAAGUCAGUGGCUCAGAGAUGCAGACCUCAACACAGGCCUGGGGCUAUGGGGCUGCCUCACCUCACACCCACUAAAGCGACUCGACCACAGCUCCUCAAUACUUCCCGAACACGGGAAUCGGCUGAGCCGUGACUCCCUCCACCAAACAAUGCUGGCCUCACAUACCUCCUGGACGCCAGAUUUGCAAUCCCACCAACUACAGAAUGCGAAUCACCUACGAUUGCAAACACUUAUUAUUAAGCUAUGUUAUAUGUUAACCCUGUUAUGCGUGGCACUAAAUUGACACACUCGGGGCAGUGACAGUCCCUAUUACACAAAGCUGUCACUUCUUGUUCCCUUCUGUGGGCAGAGAUCCAGCCAGAUAGUGUACCAUGUCUAAUAGUUGAAUAAUCUUGCAGUUCAAUCUUGUUUGUUUCAUCUAUACCUAUCUCAAUGCAGUCCAGUCUGAAAGUUAUGCUAUAACGGAAGCUUAGAUUUUCCUCCUAUACUCAGAUGACUAUAUGCCACAUACUUACCGUGUUCCCUCCUUCUUGAUAAUAUAGAUGCUAUUUGCCAUUCUUGACAGGUAUACUUUUUACCAUAAUAUGCAUAGCUUUGUUCCACCUAGCAUGUCCACUGUCCACCGAUUUACCUAAUGUCUCAGGUUAAUCUAUGUUCACAAAGGUGUUUCCCGUAAAGCCAAUAUCUACCAUCCAGUGGUAACAUUACUAAUAGAACUGUUGGUUACUACAACAUGACAUACUUCCUUAACUCACUACUGACGUAUUCUCUAUCGUGCCCAUGUUAUACUAUACUAUUAAGUCUAACAAUAAGUCAGUUACCUAUCUUGCUUCCAUUAUUGCUCAUACUAGCAUACCUACGGACAUAUUAUAUAUGACCAUGUUUUAUUAUACAAAAAUUGUGCCGUUUUACCCAAUGUCAUGACGUUAUGUUCUUCGCAUUGCCUGCGUUAGGUAUCGUAGCAUCGCAGGCCUUUUGUAAACCCUUUGCACAGCAAAAAUAACAAAUCUAAAAAACAAAUUCAUCACUUUUUGAUGAAUUUAUUUUUGUAUAUGAUUUUUCUUUUCUUGAUCAAGUUUUUCUGAUGAAUUAUUGAUGAAUUGUUGUUUUUUUUUAUGUAUGUAUAUGAUGUACAGAAUAUGAAAUCAAUUUGUACUGCCAUAGUGUACAUAAUAUGAAUUCAGGUUUUUCCGACUAAUGAAAUAUUUGUGUAUAUAGAUGAAUUUUCAUGUGAAGUGAUGCACUAAUUGAUAAAAUUUUAAAAAUGAUUCACUUGGUUUUAGUUUGGAUUUAAAAUUUUACUUAAAUUCACUUUGAAGUGCUGACUGUUUACACCUUCAUGAAUAUCGCAUUGUCGUGUUUGCUAGCAUGAUCAAUUCAAAGGCAAUGAUGUGAUUAAAUAAAAUGUAGUAAACUAUCUGAUUUAUAUUUUUAACACUAAAUGUCUUUGUGAUUGACCUAUAUAUUGAAAGUAAAAGGUGUCUGGGCUGUAUACAGAUCAGCAUAAAGCUAAAAGAAAUUAUAAAGUAAAAAAAAAUAAUUCUGAAAUCAUCCAAGUGGACCAAUGUGAAUAAGGAAGAACUGUUGCAACAUUUUUUUUUUUUCUUUCUAAAUUGAAACAUGUCAUGAUCAAUUUAAAGGAGUACUAUAGUGCCAGGUAAACAAACUUGUUUUCAUGGCACUUUAGGGUUAAUAUGUCCCACCCACUCCUGCUGACCUCUCCUCCCCCUGCCGACGUCAGCUACGAAUGCGCAUGCGCGACAAGAGCCACACGCGAAUUCAAAUGCUUUCCUAUGGACGUUAGCGUCAUCUCAGUGUGAUUUUCACACUGAGAAUUGCGAAAGCGUCUCUAGUAACUGUAAGGGAGACAGCCACUAGAGGCUGGAAACUUCUCUGAAACUGUUUUUGGCUGCAGGGUUAAAACUAGGGGGACCUGGCACCCAGACCACUUCAUUGAGCUGAGGUGGUCUGGGUGUCUAUAGUUGUCCUUUAAUGAUGAAACAUUGUAGUACUUAGUAUAUAUUUUAAUUGCAAACUGUCUUCCCAAGUUGCUUUACAUAGAAACAAAAGUUGAUUAUUGCAAAAAAAAAAUAUUAUUAUUUUGUGAAUAUUAACUCUGAGCUCUUCCGGACAGUCUGUUUUAAAGAGUGGAAUAUUAUUAGCAGAAACCACUAGCCUGUGUAGCAAAUCCUCCAGUCACUCUAGACCUCAAGUCUUUAUAGCAGCUACUCGCUAUACAUUCUUAGUCUCACUGAAAGAUUGGAUUUGCCAAUGUAAACUAUAGCUGACAUCUGGUUAGUGUUAAAACAUGUUUAUCAAAGUCAUACAAUGCCAUGUUGAUGUUAUUGAUAGAAGUUACCUUGAUAUUUAAAUAUUAUGGACUAUAUACUUAUUAUUUUUAAAUUCACUUCCUCUGAGGGAUAAAGGUUUAAGGACAUGUUAAUGGCCAGGUUUACUUUCACAGGUCUGACAGCUUUACGAAGUGAUGAAGUAAUUGACCUUAUGAUAAAGGAGUACCCAUCCAAGCAUGCAGCAUACUCUGUCAUACUGCAGGAAAAAGAGCGCCAGCGAAUUACUGAUCAUUACAAGGAAUAUUCAGUAAGUUUUAUAAUGUCAGGUUUUGGAAAACGGGUUUGUAUUUUGAUAAAGAAUUGCUCAAUUUUGCCAGUUGUGUCGUUUUAAGUCCUAAAACAAAAAAAUAAAUAUAUAUAUAUAUAUACACACACAUACAUACACAAGGUGGGCCAAAAUUUAGAGUAGGGUUUGACCAGUAAAUAACUUACUUGUUAGUGGUUUAUUUUUUGCUACUGGUACAUAAUAUAACUGAGUCUAGGGAGAUUCAUCAUGGGUAAUUUCACGAACCGGACGAUGGUGGUUUUUGACAGUUGCUGGUGUGAGAUAUCGGUCUAUGAUUGGAAACUUUUUUACGUAGUGAAAAAUUAUCCUGAAAUGUGGUUUCAACAGGAGGGGGCUACUGCCCAUAAAGCCAGAGCCAAAAUGGACCUGCUGAAACAAAUGUUCUCUGAGCAGAUCAUUUCCCAAAAAAUUCCAAGAUUUAUUGGCCACCACGCUCACCUGACCUUUCAGCUUCCGAUUACUUUCUGUGGGGAUAUCUAAAGGAGCGGGUGUAUAUGAACAAAACACAUACACAUGAGCAGUUUAAGAAGAAUAUUCAUGCAGAAAUUCGAGGGUUAGAGCCUCAACCAUUAACUAAUGUUUUGAACAAUGCAUUCGAAAAAGAGCCGACUUUGAGAGGCAGCAAAUGUUACUCAUUUAAAAGAUGUCAUCCUCCGUACCUAGUGAAACAAAUCUCCAUGUGUUAAGCAUUCAUUGUAUGGAAUAUCCUUGAAAUUGACAUUAAUUUGAAAAAAAAAUUUUAUCGACUCCCCAUACCCUACUCAGAAUUUUGGCCUAUGUGUAUGUGUGUGUUUUUGAUUUUUUUUUUUAAACAAAACUAAAGCCAAAAUGGCCAUUUGUGAAAAGCGAAGUACACCUUAUGAUUCAAUAGUUUGUACAACCACCUUUAGCGGCAAUAACUUGAAGUAGUUAUCUACUUCAAGUAUAUAUACUCUGUAUUACUUUGUCAAAAAUAAAGCCAGAAUGGAGAAGUCAUGUGUAAAAAAUAAAAAAUAAAAUAAACUAGGUACACCUUUACUGCUUCCAUAGGAGUCUCUCACAUCAUUGUGGAGGAAUUUUGGCCACUCUUUACAAUAUUGCUUCAGUUCAUUGAGGUUUGCUGGCAUUUGUUUAUGCACAGCUCUCUUAAAGUCCACACACAACAUUUCAUUUGGGUUGAGGUCUGGACUUUGACUGGGCUAUUGCAACACUUUGAUUCUUUUCUUCUUUAGCCAUUCUGUUGUAGAUGUGCUGUUGUUCUUGGGAUCAUUGUCCUAUUGCAUGACACAAUGUCAGCAAGCUUUAGCUUUCACAAAGAUGGUCUCACAUUUGACUCUAGAAUACUUUGGUAUACAGAGGAGAACAUGGUCAACUCCUUGACGACAAGGCUCCCAGGUCCUGUGAAUGCAAAACAAGCCCAAAUCAUUACCCCUCUGCCAUUGUACUGGACAGUUGGCAUGAGGUUCAAUGCUCACACAAUGCAAAAUAACCAAAAGUUAUUCAAUUAGCAUGUUAAAUGUUCCUGACAAUAUAAUUAGAAAAAGAUUGAACAAGUAUGGUUUGUUUGGAAGGAUUGCCAAGAGAAAGCUUCUUCUCUCUAAAAAGAACAUGGCAGCACAGCUUAGGUUUGCAAAGCCUGCUGAUAUGCAGUGUUUGGUUUGUGCAUUAUGGCUAAAUAUCUCCACUUUGGUUUCGCCUGUCCAAAGGACAUUGUUCCUGAAGUCUUGCGGUUUGUUCAGAUACAACUUUGCAAACCUAAAACGUGCUGCCAUGUUCUUUUUAGAGAGAAGAGGCUUUCUCUUGGCAAUCCUUCCAAACAAACCAUACUUGUUCAGUCUUUUUCUAAUUAUAUUGUCAUGAACAUUUAACAUGCUAAUUGAAGCCCGUAUAGGCUGAAAUUUAACUUUUGGUUAUUUUGCAUUGUGUCUGAGCAUUGCACGGUCUGACCUUAGGGUGAAUUUGCUGGGACAUCCACUCCUGGGAAGAUUAGCAACUGUCUUAAAUGCUUUCCACUUUGUAAUAAUCAUUCUCACUGUAAAAUGAUGGACUUUAAUUUGUUUGAAAAAUGGUGCAGAGUGAACUUGCUGGCAUUUCGGAUCUUGACUGCCCGUACGGGUGGGACCAGUUGGAUAUGCUUCAGAUAUGUUUUCUCUGUAAUGGCACAAGUGAGCAAAAAUUAUUUUGAGACCUGAGCAGGGAUUUACCAAAGAGCAAGCUACUGAGUUUCUCUAAGCUUUUGUCCGUUCUCAGCAUUCUCAUAUUCUUUAUUUUUGUUUGCAAAUGGCCUUAUAACCCUUUUCAGUUUGAUGGGCACUAACAAUUGCUUCUCCAAGAUCAUUGCUGAUGUUUCUCCACACACUUAAAUGCCCGUGCAUCCAGUGACGACAUCCAGCUUCUGCAAAGUCACAGGAGCUAUAAGUUGAUUUUGCUGGCUGCCCAGCAUCAGCUGACCGCUCUUGACCUAUCAAUGUGCAAUUCUGUGCAUAUUCCUAUGGGUAAUUUUUCAACAUAGCAAUAUGCACAAGAUAAACAUAAGCCAGUCCAGAACUCUUGUUCCAGCCUGUCUAAUGGCCUUUCAGUUACGCUUCUGGAGGUGGAGUUAAAAAACGUGUGCAGUGUUUCAUAGCGAAAUGCUCCACAUACAGACUUCAUGCACAUUGGCCACUUCAAAUCACUAAAGUGGUCAUAGUACCUGCAGUAACUCUUUAAAAAAAAAUAAGAGUAUAAAUAAGUAGAUUUGAAAGAAGCAGUUAAACGCAUGUAAUUUAUAUUACAGAUACAUUUUUCAAAUAUACUAGCCUGAUAUGGAAAAUGUAUUUCCUUGUUUCAUGCUUGUAUAUUACCAAUGUUUUGGAUUUAAAUAUUUAAUUUUAUACCUAUUUGGUUUAAAUUUUGAUUUACUUUCAUGUUCGGAUGAUCUCAUCAGGAAUGUAGAUUAAAGCCACCUCAAAGUUUGCUAUAAACACAUUGACUUAAUGGCUUUAAUAGGUUGAAUGCCUCUCUUAAAUAUGUACAUUUUAUUAAGUUUUGGCAAUGAAAUUAUGAUGCACACGUGGCAAUUAUUAGUUAAAGCUAGUAAGUCAUUUGUAAGUGUACAAUAGGAAUAUUGCAUACCUUUCUAGUAAGUUUGCAAGUGAAUUUGAUGUUUGUAAACUUUUCAAGGCAAAAAAGUAGGUGUGUCAUGGGUAUUUUUCUGUCAUUGAAGUGUUCCUUUUUCCAAAAAAGACUGGGAGCCACUCCUUCAUAGUGUACAGCAAAAGGCAAAAUAAACUUAAAUGCUGCUUCUUAUUCAUGAACAACUCUAUGGGAUAUGAGAGCUUUAUAUAAAACAUGUUAUUUAAGAAUGUGAAGCAGUGAAAGGGUCUUCUUAUAAAUGCUUUAAGCACAUACAUUCCUUCUGUAUAAAGCAAUGAUGGGGAACCUAUGACACGCGUGCCAAAGGUGGCACACCGGGCCCUUUCUGUGGGCACGCGGCCAUAGGUUCGCCAUCAAUGCAGAGUAGGCACCUGCCUGCCCAAAACGGCAGGUGCCUACUCUGCUUCCGGGUCGGGAGGCGGGGGGAGGGAUCUGUGAAGCAGCUCCCCUGUCCUCCCACACGAUGCACGAUCCACACAGCAUCGCAAGGGAGGACAGGGGAACUGCUUCACAGAUCCCUCCCACUGCCUCCCGACCCGGAAGCAGAACUUACCACCACCGGACCACCAGGGAUGGCUGUCCCCCCCUCCCCCCCUCUUCUUCAUUAAAGGUAAGCAGGAGAGAGGGAUACAGAUUUAGCAUAACUUUUUUUUUUUUUAACCACCCCCUCCCCUCACACAGCACCCCUCCCACACACACACAGACAGCACCCCUACCCCCAACACACACAGCCCCCGUACCCCCCACAGAGUACCCCUACCCACACAGAGCACCCCUACCCACAACACACACAGAGCACCCCUACCCCCACAACACACACACCUACCCCUUACCCCUGCCCAGCACCCCUCACACACACACACACACACACACAACACCCCUCACAAACACAUACACUGCAUCCCUCAAUGCAGUAUGUGUGUGUAUUCAGCAGUCUGUGUGUGUGUGUGUGUAUUCAGCAGUCUGUGUGUGUGUGUGUGUGUUCAGCAAUCUCUGUGUGUGUGUGUGUACUCAGCAGUGUAUGUGUAUUCAGCGGACUGUGUGUAUGUGUAUUCAGCACAAAUCUAUGUGUGAAAGCAGUAUAGACCAAGCUUUUCAUUAAACUUUCUUUCCAGAAAUCUAAGUGGCAACAAAUAUCCAAAUAAGGAGAAAAAGAGGGGUGAAGAAACACAAAAGUUGUUGGAUGCCUUAGUGAAAAACACAUCCAACUACUUCUCUCCAAGUUUUUUCUGAUAUUCAUUGCAAUUUAAAAAAAAAAAUUUGUAAAUAAAACCAAGUAUAAGAAGAAUUGUAUACCCUUUUUUUCCCCCUCUCUAUGAUGAAAGUUAGUAAGCGAUGUUUUCCAAGUCUCAAGACAAAAAAAUAAAAUCCCAAAACUCCAUUUCGGUGUCAAAUAAAAUGCAGCAUUUAUUGUAAACCCUUAAAAUGAGUACACGUCACCAAUCAUGGUGUGUGAAUGAACAUAUACUUACUAAUAGAUGCAUAACAUAGCCAUUCAAAAAACACUCCAGGCACUAUAACCAUUGAAUUGAUUAUAGUGCCUGGAGUAUUCUGGUGCUGUCAAUCCGUUCAAUGUUAAAGCAACCACUGAAGCUUAGGCUAAGGCAGAGAUUAUGCACUUCUUAGCCAUACCAAUUCAAAACAGCAAUUAAAUGGCUCUGAUAAGCUGAAAGUAGUUCGCUCAUUGCUGUUCAGGCUGCUGCUUUCUAAUGCCUAAUCAUCACAGGGGAUGGGCUGCUGGGGACUUUCCUUUUUAAAUGGUCUAAUGUUAAAGGAAUGUUGGAACCAGGGUUACUCUAACCACUUCAAGCAGAUAAAGCUGAUCAAGUGCCUGAAGUUUCUUUUUAAAUGCCCCAUUUCUGAGGUGUAACAAAUUGUGCAAUUAACCCUUAUCUUUAUAUAUUACGUUAUAAAGUCAAACGCUUCUUUCAUACAAAAACAGUUUAACAGCAAAAUAACAAAGACAAUUUCUCAUAUGUAUUUGUUCUUCUGAAGUUUGAGUGCACCUGAGACCUGUCCAUUUUCAUUGAUUUAAUUAAUGUCAGGGAACUGGACACAUUGCUGUAAACUUUCCAAUGGGAAUAUGUCCAAGUUGAUAAAACAAGUGCAUUGUUAACUAAUACUUCUGAGAAAAAAAUUCAGCAGUUAAAUGGACUAUGUCAUGACAAAUGAAUUUUAUACGUUUAAAGAAUAACUCAUUUUAAUAAUGAAACAAGAACUGUUUUUUUAUACCAAUAUUUUUCCAUAACAGAUAACUGCUGGAGAAAGUCAGAAUGAAGUAUGUGAUCAGGAUGAAACAGGGAAAGUAAACACAGUUUUUAUUGUAUAUUUUCCUCUUUCCCUUUCUUUGACUGUGUGAAUGGGACAACACCGUUAACAAUAAAACAUCUGUUUUUCAGCAAAUGCAGCAACAAAAUACACAGAAGGUGGAACCUAGCAAAGUCCCAGAGUAUAUCAAGAAAGCUGCUAAAAAGGCAGCAGAGUUCAACAGCAACUUAAACCGUGAAAGAAUGGAAGAAAGAAGGGCCUAUUUUGACUUACAAACACAUGUAAGAGGGCUUCGUGUCAAAUUGAGGCUUUCAGCAGAUCUUGUGUCGUAUGCUUUAUAAAAAAAAAUGAAAGAGAAAAUUAGUUUUACUAAAAAAAUAAACAGAAUAUCCAUUCACUUUUAAACAAUCUAUUACAUAUACCAUAUAAAUAUAUUUUAAUGUAAUUAAUAUUCAGAAUAGACUAUGAACAUACUUAUGAUGUAGAUAAAGAGUUUCUUUAUUUCAUGGAUCUUAAUUAUGCCAAGGAGGUUGUUCUGUGCCACUCAAACUAAUGAGAUAACGCUUUAUAGUAAGAUAUCGGAUCAUAGUCCAUUACCUAUGCUGUUUUUUGUUUUCUCCCAAACAUUUUUAUGGUUAGUAGCUAAAGUGAAUUUAAAAUUUAAGAUCAGAACAGACCAUUUGAAAGUAUUAAAGAAUUAUUCCAGUUUGGUAUUUGGACCUUAAAUUUUAAAUUCUCUUUGUUUAUUGAACAACCCUGUGUAUUGCAACCAGUUUUUAGUGAUAAGCACCGAUGCAAAUUUAGGCAUGAUAUCUUUACAAAAAAAAUCCCCAAUAAUUGUUGUUGUGACGAUUUAGCUUCAUUGUGUAUUAUUUUGUAAUGCAUUCUUAAAGGGACACUCCAGGCACCCAGAUCACUUCUGCCCAUUGGAGUGGUCUGGGUGCCAACUCCCACUACCCUUAACCCUGCAACUGUAAAUAUUGCAGUUUUCAUAAACUGCAAUAUUUACCUUGCAGGGUUAACUCCUCUAGUGGCUGUCUACCAGACAGCCACUAGAGGGCACUUCCGGGUUUAUAGCACAGAUUUUCUGCUAUAGCGUCGCUGGGCGUCCUCACGCUAUGUGAGGACCUACAGUGUCGCUAAAUUUCCCAUAGGAUUUUCAAUGCUUUCCUAUGGGGAGGUCUUAUGCACGUGUGCGGCAUUGCCGCGCAUGCGCAUUAGGUCUCCCCCAUCGUUUUAACCCCUUCAGCAACUUGGGAUGGGGGGUGGGAGGGAGAGGGGACCUGCAGUGCCAGGAAAACAGUUGUUCUCCUGGCACUGGAGAGUCCCUUUAAGUAUAUAUUGCUUGUCAGUACUUCUCUUGACUUAUCCUUGCUCUGUGUGGUUGGAUAUCUUUAAGGGUUUUUUUUUUCUCAUCAGAAGCACCUCUUACCUGACCAAAGGUCAUGCAGGUAACAAAUGUCUAGUUCUGACCUCAUGCACCAGUGCCAGACAUCUCAGAAUUCUGCACUGAGACAGUGUUGCUGGUUUACAUUGCACAUUGUUUUCGGUCAGGUGCCUAAGUGGUCUUUGAUAGAAGAGGGCUAAAAUAUUACUGCUCACGUGGAGCAAAGGUAAAUCAGGAAAUUCACUGAUGUUAUGUUUUAUUUAAUGCAUAAGCACUUAUACAUUUUAUUUCUGAAAGUUUACUGGUUAUUGUUUCAGAUAGUGGUAAAUUGUAUAUACUAUUUAAAGCAGCACUGUCAUGCGGAACUUGCCGUUCUCCUAGUGUUUCCUCUUCUAUUCCUCUCUCAGAAUCUGUUCUUCUUUUCUUCCUUUCUGAUAUAGUUUUUUUUAACACAUAAAGUAGGGACUGCUUUGUCUUAUGUAUUUUUCCUACACUUGACUUUCUUUGAAACAAGGAGGAGGAGCUCAAGUCCGCUCCAUUUCCUGUGUCAGAGAAAGUACUUGCCCGUCUCCUUGACUCAGGAAAUGGAGCUGACUUAAACUCCUCCUUGGGUGUGAGAAUGUCAGGUGUAGGAAAAAUACACAAGACAGAGUGGUUCCUACUUUAUCUUUUGUUUUGAAGAAAACUAGAUCAGAAAUAAAGAAAAGAAGAACAGAUUCAAAAAGAGGAAACCAUAGAAGAAAGGUAAGUUCUGCGUGACAGUGCUGCUUUAACUCAAAUGUAGUGUAAAGAGUGACUUUUGAUGUGCACUUUCUUAGCACGUUUGGAUAUUUAUUUAUUUUUUACAAUUCUUUUAUUUAUUCAAAUUAUCCAAUAGGUGAUACAGGUGCCAAAGGGAAAGUACACAAUUCUACCCACCGAAGUAACGAAAGUGAGCCCAUAUCCUGUUUCCCUAAUACCUGGACAGUUUCAGGAGUACUACAAAAGGUAUACUAUUUCUUAACCACAACAUACAAUACAUUGCAUAUUUGUUAUUUUGAAUUAUGCAUCUAGUAGCAUCACUAUCCUGAUUUUGGUUUUAGAAAUGGUGAUCUAAACAUUUGAUUGAUACAAAUGAUAUAAUUUUGGAAAGUUUAUUGGUAUGGUAUCUGUCUAUCUUUUGUGUAUGUAUUUUACUAAAGCAGAAGAUAGUGAUAUCAGUGAAGUGCUUACAAUCAAAAAGUGUUUGUAGAUCCUCGAUUUAUAUGUGCUGUGGAAAAAAAAAAAAAACAGGGAUAUGGGAAAAUAAAUUAUUGUAAUCAGAACCCAGAUGGCAUCAUCAAAGUAAUAAGCUUUACAGAUUCAGGGCUGGCCCGUUGACCAGUGUUGUAAGCUAAUGUACUGCACAAGUCAGAAUAAAUUACUGCCAUCACGUAGGUUUGCCUUAGAAAUUUUGGUAUUCUAGUUUGUGAGUUACUGAUUUUAAUCGGUGCAUGGCCCAUUUCAUUCUACCCCUAAUCAUACUUAUAAGCUAGUAUAUGCACAUGUAGUUCUUGGCUCAAACUGUAAUGUUGUGUUCCAUAAAGAGGUCACAGAGGAAGUUACUUUAGAAUCUUAGACAUUUGUAUGGUAACAUCUGUUAAGGACAAGAAUUAUUACAAAUGAGACGGACGAUUAGAUUAUGCAUCACUGAUUUAAGGUAUAAGGGUUGAGAGAGAAUGUUUUUGGUUUAUUUAACUUGGAAUAAAAUGCUAUAUUUGCCUACUAUCAUGAUAAGCAAGCAAUUAUUUUUCUUUUUAGGUAUUCCCCAAAUGAGCUCCGCUACUUACCACUCAACACUGCUUUAUAUGAACCACCUCUUGAUCCUUUAGACCCUGAGUUGCUUGCCCUUGACAGUGAUGGAGAUUCAGAUGAGGUGGAAGAAAGUCGCAGCGAAAAGAAAAAAACCAAAGGUUCCUCAGUAAGUCUAAGCACCAUAUAUUUACAAUUCUAUUUUUUUUUUAAUUUUUUUUUUUAAAUGAAUACAUAUGCCAUAAAAGGAUAAAGUGCAUUGGAACACGGCAGUGAUGAAAAACUAUCCAAUGUUAAUAUCAAUGGAAGAAAUUGUAAUGAUCAUGCUUCAUUUGUAGUUUUAUUGGUGUGUUUGUAUUGUUACGGCACUAGUCAUUGCAUGAUCUGUUCAUUUAUUUACAUUUCUCUGGUUUUAUAUUACAGGGAAGUUCUUCUGGUAAUGUCUCAGAAGGUGAAAAUACACAGGACAACCAGGAGGACUCACUUCAGGGAAACCCUAAGAAGAAAGAGAAACCAACUCCGAAAAAAGAGGGCACCAAACGUACUGUACUGUCCAAAACUCACUCCGGGUACAAGGUAGAAGAAAAAAGCCCCUGACUCGGCUUCUUUACUGACCAGCCUCUCUCCCUGAAACAUUAAUGCUGUUUUUACAUUUCAGCUUUUCUUUAUUCACUUUUUUUGUUCGUUCCUACUCCUGCCUUUCUCCUAUCAUGUGAUGGUCUUCCAUUGCUUCCCCUUUUUUGGCUUUAUUUCACUGGAGCUUUUCUGUAACUUUUGACUUAAGGAGUAACAUCUGUUCAUGUAUCUGAACUCCUUCCUUACAAGGUGUGUAAAUGGAAAAUGUGUUUAUUUUUUCAAACUAUAUAGUCUUAUCCUGAUGCAUUUAAUCCACCCAGAGGGGCAUUAAAUACACAGGGUUGCUUCAUAUCUUCUUGGACUGCGUUUACAAGAAAAUAGUAUUUAUAGUGUGAUACUAUAGGCCAGGGGUAGGCAACUUUUGGCAGUCCAGAUGUGGACGACAUCUCUCCUGAUGUUUUGCAAACAGUAUGGGUGUAAGAACAUUAUGGAAGAUGUAGUCCACAACAUCUGGGGUGCCAAAUGUUGCCUACUCCUGCUGUAGGCCAACGUGCGUUAUAGCAUAUUUAGGGGGGAUGGGCCAUAGGGUCCUAUAACUGUUUUCCAAUUAGAAGAUGGAUGUGAAUUUAGAGUUUCAUAGAGAUGACAUGUUGUAUAACCAUUUUGAAAGUUGUACCACAUCUAGAUGCUGGGAGAUAUUCUAUGAAAAAGCAGGAAUUCUGCAUGUGGUGGCUCUAAUGAAAAGUUCAUUUUAAUAUAUACAAUUUAUAGUAAUCUGUGACUGAUCAUCUGAGUUAGUCACUCUAAGCAGCAUAACAAAUGUAUUUUGCUGUAGUAAGACCUGUCCCUGCAUGCUCACCUUGUAAACAUUUUAGCAAUUUUCUUGAUAUCUGCAUAUGUUUGAAGAUGUAACACCACAACUGGCUAGGCAUGUAAUCUGAGGUAGAUUUAAUUCCUCACCUGACUGAUUUAAAUAUUUAUACUGAUACUCACUGUACUGCUCCAUGUAGCUUGGCAGCCUUUCUUGCGAUGCAAAAAUUGUAUGCAGAUAUUAAGAAAACUGCAAAAUGUGUGACUUAGGAAUCAGAGACUGGGGUCAGUGCACCAUCAAUACUACAGUAAACUGACAUGGUACUUACAGUAUCCCUGCGAGUUAGUCUUUAAGUAGACAACUCUGUAAUUUAAUAGUUUAUUGUGAGAUCGGACUUUAAACUAGCACUUUGUAACUUUAAAAUGUUUUUUCAGUAAACAGUGAGUUGCGGUGAGUUCAAUUAUUAGACCAAUUGGCAAGUUAGGAAAACAAAACAUCAGAUCUUGCAGGGAUUUAUUGUAUGGGUAGUUUUCCAUUUCCUAUUGCUAUGAUCUAGAUUUUUCAAUUCUUUUUGUCAACUCACCACAACUGACUGUUCAGAGUAUAAACAUUUUUCACUCUAUACUUCUCCCUUUAAGGGGUUUGUUCAAAAUGAAUUUUAGGCACAAAUGCACCUUAAAAAAUUUGUUUUUGGGUUUCACUGUGUUAAACCUAUUUUAAUUACAAAUAUAGACAUGUGCCUAUUAUAAGCAAUAGGUCACUGUUUUGAAAUGGCGUAUUAAUAUAUUAACCUUCAUACUGCUUCCUUCAAAAUAUAUAGUAUUUUAGGUCCUUAUUUCAGUGUUCUCAUUUUGUUAGAUGUUUCUAGAACACUGUAUAUUGUGUAAUUGAGCAGUUGAUAUCAUUCACUCUUUUGAAGGGUACUUAUUACCUUGAUAUUUUAAUCUUUAUAACUCAUAUUCUCAAACAAUAUAAUUAGUAUUGUUAUUUAUUAGUGAACUGUUAUACCUAGUUUUGUUAAUUUAGAAUAAAAAUGAGUCGUUUAAAAGUAUUAUGCAGAUAUUCGUGUGCAGCUUUAUAUUGCAUAGAAUAAUCCAAGUUUGGAACUUAAAAGCCUUUUUGCAGCAUUUAUCCUAGGCCGUCAAUAAACCCAUGUUUCCAGAAGGCUUAAAAAUAGUCACUGCAGGCAUUGAAACCACUGUGGUGGUUUUGAUGGCGGGAUUGCCCUGUUGCCAUUCCCCAGUGAUGGGGCAAACUGUUUUGCUACAGUUUGUUCUCUUAUCUGAGUUUCGCUGGGUGCUGAGCCUUCUACGCUGUUGGGUGCCAGCCAUCAAGCUUCUGUAGUGCUGCAGAAGCUGGAUACCGAUCCCACAUCUUACUGGCUAAGAUUACAGGCUACUAUAUAUAUUUUUUCAUUGUCUGUUUUAUAAAACCAAAAGUUAUCUUUUUGAUAUUGUGAGAGCUGCUGUGUUGCUUAGGUCAUCCUAACUAGAUCUAAAUCUUGGUUGACUAACUUUGGCACUAUUGGUUCUAUAUCAUUGGAUCUGUAGUGCUAAUAACCCCCUAUACCCGAUCCUGUUUUGAAAGGUUCUUAAUUUAUAUAAUACCCUUAUCAUCAUAAAAGCAGCUCUGAUAUCCUUGACACUGCAACCACUUGAGAAUAUAGUAGUGGUUAUUUUGUUCGGAAUCUUUCCCUGCAAACUUAUGUUUUAAAUCCUUGCCAUUUUUUAAUGUAUAUUUUAACAGCAUGUUUGGUAUGCAGGCUCAAACUUACUUUCCAAAGACACAUCAUAGUUUCCUUUCUAACUAACUGUGAGGUAAAGAUAAAAAUUACCUCACUGUGUGAGGUAAAGAUAAAAAUUACAGAAUCUGUGGGGUUUAAAAAGUAUGUUUUCAGAGAAACCUCUCUAGCACCAUAACGUCUACAGUGUUGUGAUGAUUUUGGAGCUUGGAAUAUCCCAUUAAUACUUUGAUUAAAGGGAUCCUAUAGUGUCAGGAAAACAAACCUGUUUUCCUGGCACUAUAGGCUCCUGGAGUGCCCUCCUGCCUCGGCGAUGGGUCAGGCUCCUCCCCGCCAACAGGGGAGACUUAAUGCGCACGCACGGCAAUGGCCGCACGCACAUUAGACCUCCAAUGGGGAAAAUCUGAUGCUGGAGGUCCGUGAGGACGUCUAGCGUCCGAUAACGGACCAAUAGUACUUUUGGAUUCCGGAAGCCCUCUGUAAACAUCGCAGUUCUCUGAAACUGUAAUGUUUUACUAUUCAGCACUAAGUGCAAAAGGGUCAGAUCUUGGUUUACUAACUUUCUAAUCUUGGUUGACUAACUUUGGCACUAUUGGUUCUAUAUCAGGGUCAAUUAGCUGAAGUGGUAUGGGUGGCUACAGUGUCCCUUUAAUAACAGCCCAUAGUUUCUCAUUGUGUGCAGGUAAGUAAAUUAGAGUAUAUAUUAGUCCACAAAUGUGACUACUUUUUAUAGCUCACAAGGAGGAAGAGAAGCUUACAUAGACCAGAUACGGUCAUGGUCUGCUCAGGGAUAUCAAGUGAGUACAUAUGAGCAGAGGGAACCGAAGAAAGAGAGAAUUUGAGAACUUUGUUCCAUUUUAGAAACACUACAUAAUAAAGUGGUAUUGUUUUUGAUAAGGUAUUAUUAGUGUCGCUGUGUAUUUUGUAUAAGGGGGAAUCAGGAAGCCUAAACAGCAAUCCAAAGUCUGAAGUUUGAAGCACAAUGUCUUUUGGUAAGUUACAGAAUCAACAGACACGUAACAGAGUCGGUAAUCCCAAGUAAGUGGUUCAGUGAAACACAGGUAAACACUCAGCAGGUUAAUAGAUGAAAUAGGACUUAUUACAACUGCUUUGAACAUACAGAAGGACAGUUAUUUAUAGCAUGCAUCUGGCUGUGAUUGGAGUAUUAUCAUAGAUGUUUGUUAAUGGCUGAUUUCCGUGAAUAUAAUCAAAAGGCCUAUGGAACAUUCACACUAGGAGACUAGCAAACAAAUAUAUGUGCCUAAGAUACAUUGCCUGCCAGUAUGUUUGUGACUGAGUUAAAAUCCCCAUAUUGACACCUUGAGCAGGAUAUCUGUGUCCCUUUGUUUUUUUUAGCAUAAUUUGGAACUGGCAAUACUUGCAGUCCUAAAAAUGCAUUUAAAAAAAACAAUUUUUUUUUGAAGAACAUGCAUUGGCACAAAUGUAAAUACUACAAGUUUCAAGUAAUAUAAUAAAAGCAACAGUCCCAUCUACUCAAGUUGCAUUUGCUUGGAAAGUAUGUUGCAGGUUAUAAGUAAGAGAGGAAAUGUGGAAAGAUGUGGCUGGAGGUAAAGCUUUAAUUCACAUGUAUAGCUGUUGUAUGUUCAGACCGAGAACAAGAUAGUUUAUAUGAGCAUGAUCUGUCAUCAUUAAAUGUGCACUUUAUAUGGAUAAAAUAUUAUAAAACACCUAGUUUUUAUUUGAAGUGGAUAGCAUGUAGACUGGUGGCUGACUCAUUCAAUUUGUUUUUCCUUAAAAUCUCUAAGUGAAGUAGCAAAGGUAUUGCUCAUCAGAUGUUGCCAUUUCAUAAAUUAAAAUAAUCUGCAUUCAAAAAAUUACAUAUCACAGAGACAUUUUAUUAUAAAGUGAAAAAAUGUGAUUAAUCUACUAUAAUACGGUCAAAAGCAUGUAUGGCCCAAGUACAUGGAACUUAAGUCUUGACUAACAAAGGCAAGUGUUGGAAAAGAUAGUAGCACAUUAACGGGUCCCUAGGGAGCAGCAUAAAAUAAUGCAGGGUUCCAGCUUCAGAAGUCAAACCAUUAAACAUCAUGCUAGCAGUAGUUUGCAACACCAGGAGUGCUAACUAUUGUCUGUGUGUUCUCGGAAUUAAAUCUGUCUAAUAAAUCCUCAAUAAUUUUAUUACCUGUAUAAAUAUGGCAGGUUUGGUGAAGGGUUAAUUAACUCUAAACCAGUGGCAAGAUGAUACCUUGCUGCAGCUCUACUCGGCUAUUUGGGAGAUAAUUAGUACUGAUAAUCUCCCAGUGUUUCUCAUAGACAAGCAUUAAUAUAUGGCACAUGUGUAGCAACUUUUUGUGCUUCACCUGCAAUGCUUCUUACAGAGAAGCAUUGCAUCCAGUUUCUCUCUAUGAGAUGCAUUGACUUUUCAUUGUGCUGGGGCACACAACAAUCAGGAAGCAUAUAAACACUAACACCUUUUAAGUUAAUGUGGAAAACCUGAGCUAUAAAGAUUAUGGUGAAUGAUGCUACGAUGGACCAUAACAUGUAGAUUUAUUUUAUUUUAAUUGUCACUGCUGCACCUUGGCAACAUUUGUAUUCUUUUUCUGAAAGAAAGAGUGAGGCUUGAUAGCAGAAAAAUAGAUCUGUAUUUUUCUAGUACAACUUGCCAUGCAGAGGUUUGAGACACAUUAAAUGUUUCCAUGAAAGUCAGUAGUAGUGUGUACAACAAAUCACCUAUAUCCUUUUCUUGCUUUUUCCCCCCUCUGUUUAUGAUGCUAGAUGCCUGUGUUUUUCAGAAACUGCUAGAAAAAAAAAAAAAAAAGUUGCAUCCUUCCAUCAUUAACUCCUAGAGUGCAUUCGUUUUAUGGAAUAUGUGAAACACCUUAAAAUCAGUACGCUAGAAAUGUCCUAAGCUAUUGUAAAACUCAUUAUCUGCCUUCCUAAAUCAUUUAAAUACUAAUUUUAAUUUUUCUGAUUGUUACUGCUGCUUUAAUUUAAAGUUUACCUGUCAUGAUACACAGUAUUUUAGGUUUAAAGUAAAGCACCAUGUAUUUCAUAUAUGCAUUGUGCUAGCAGACAUGCUGGCAAAUGUACAGAUUUGAAUUUAAUAUUUAAAACUACGGUUACUCCCCCACCGAGCAAUAAGUCUUCAAAGCAGAAGGUUGUUUGAAAUUGGAGAGCAGGAGAACCUUCUUAUAUGUGGUUUUCCUCUGCCCUAUAACCCCAGCAAGCGUUUCUCACAUUUGCUGUGGUUGGGGAAGUGCCCCCAAGCAGAGCUAGUCCGUGCAGAGAGAAUAGCUGCUUACGAGCUAGGGAGUGGCAGGUUACAACUAUAUAUGCUCCUGAAGCUUGUGAUUCUAUCAUGUAUCACUGCUUUAGAAGCUGUUGUAUAUUAAUAUAAACUUGGUAUGGUGUCAAAAUCCAAAUGCAGCUUGUUCUACUCUUAUUAAUGAGGGCGUAAUUAAAACCUAAGUUCCUAAGCCUUUCACAAGUGUUUCUGGAACGAUUUUGUCAGGUAUAAUUUUUCUCAUUUUGAGUGUACUCAAAGAAACCUGGUACAUCUGUAAAUUAUAAAGUGGUUUUAAUAUCUCCUCAGAUAUCUUACUCCGAUAUCUAGCCUAGUUGGAUCAUUAUUUUCAUAUCUUACGCUGUCCAUUAUCAAAAUCAUAUCAUAUGUACUAGUUCUCCCUCCCUUAUUAGUUGCCCGCUCUAAGCUUUCUCAGAAAGAAGCUGAUGUACAAUGAACUUGGUAGAGAAACUAUUACAAUUUCUGCAUGAAUCCAAGCAUGGGAAACCCUAAUCUGUGUGGUGGCUAAAGAGGUGACUGCUUUUUACAUAAUGGCGCUUAAGAACAAUAGAAUAGUCAAACAAAUGUUUCAUAUAAAAAAAAAAUUCCAAACUAGUCCCCAAUAUUUUCCGAGUAAUAAAUAUUCACAUUGAUAUAUAAAAUGAGAAUGCAACGGGCAUGUUUAAAGAUAUUGAGUUUGCACCAUUUUUCUGGAAUGCAUUAAAAUACAUUCAAAACAAUAUAAUAAAAAUAGUCAUGAAAUAUACUAAUAUUUAAAGUUCUUGCAUGUGUUGUUUAUUCUCAAACUUUGCAGCUUUUAGAGUUAGCCCUGCUCAUAAUAUGAAGUAAGUUUAGCAAAUUGACAAAUUUCCUUUAAUUUUACAUGUCAAUUAUGAACUUAUUCAAUAAAUUCCUGCCAAGCCGGAAUUUAUGUGAGAUAUAAUGUAGUGUAAAAGCUGACAACUGAUCUGAAACUCCCAGAAGGCAUGAUUUUCCAUAAAGCUGUACUAGUGGAGCAAAAAGGAAAACAUUGCAUUGUUGAAUGGGACUCCCAAAAUCAAACAAAAAAACCUUAAAGCAGAUUAUAUAACCUAACCCACACACUGAUAUUUCUGGUAUAUAAUUAAGUAUCUUAGUGCAUAAAUGAUAAAUGUUGUUUUUUACACCACUCAUAAACUACAUUGUCAUAAAAGGUAAUAUUGUAUAAGUUAAAUAUGGAGAUGUUCACAAAAAUAAUGGCAGUUUUUCUUAGAAAUGUGUAUUAUACCAAAACAUUGUGCGUCAUAAAAAACCUAUGUAUUCUUUGAUCUGCAGAUUAUCUGUAUUCAUUUAUUAAUAGCAUUUAUAGAACGCCAACAUAUUGUGCUGCGCUUUAAAUUUGAUAGACUUGGGAUAUUUGAAGAAGGCUUUUCUCAACCAAGCUUACAAUCUAUCAGGAUUUGAGGCAGGCAGAUAUAUAUAUCAUUAGGUGUGUAGGCCAGCGGUUCCCAAACUGGGGUGCUGCAAAAUAUUUCCCUGCACCGUGAACCGGGCCUUCCUUUCCCCUGUCGGCUCUGCAGGACCGGAUGGGAAAAUCAGAGAUCUCCCUCUCCGGCCUGCUAGCACUGUAAUGUUGACAGCCGGCAGGGGAGGGAGAGAGGACCCGGGGAGUUCCGCCGGGUUCUCCUCUCACGAGCUUGGAGCGUUGCUGCGGUUACCAUGGCAACUCUCCGAAUCUCGCAAGCGUGGACUCUAGCUGCUAGAGGGUGCUAGAGUUCACUCUCACCAGUAGGACCAUCAGGGCUUCUCCACUGGACCACCAGGGAUUGCAGGACAUGUGCCCCCCCUAUCUCAGGCAAAGGUAAGCAGGGAGGGGGGAUAUCAAAAUUAUUUUUAUUUUUUUAAUAAAAAAUAUAUAUUUUAAUCUACCCUCCUCCUCCUCCUCCUCUUCCUCCUCCUCCUACCCUCCCCGUCAAUCACACACUGCCCCCCACACGCACAUAAUGUACCCUUCAAACACACACACAAUGCACCCCUUACACACACACACACUACAUCCUUCACACACACAACAUCCUUCAUAAACACAACACACCCCCGUACCCACACUGCACCACACACGCACACCACUGCCCCUAUCCCGGCAGACCCCAGGUAAGUUGUCAAACUGUUCUUAAACAGUUUGACUACUUACCCUGGGAGGGCACCACGGCACUCCUGGCACCAUAACCACUACAACGUGCUGUAGUGGUUAUUGUGCCUGGAUUGUUUCUUUAAAUAAUCUUCAGUGCCCCUUCCAAGAUUAGGUUCUGGAUCCGCAUCUAACAGGGAAACAUUUGACUUGGGGCGCCUUGGAAAAAUAUUGAAACACUAAGGGCGCCUUGAACCUAAAUGGUUUUGGAACCACUGGUCUAGCCUAAGGAAACUUACUGCUGAGGUGGUCUGACCAGUAUUCAAACAUAGAUUUCCUGGUUCUUAGGCAGUGACGUUACCAUAGUAGUAAAUUAUAUAGAAGAUAAGGAUUCCUACCUGCAGCAUUAAUGCAUAUUAGUAUUAUGUGUAGUGUAGUCAAUAUGUAUCUUUACAGCAUGGAUGCUCUGUCGUAGAACUACAGCUGCUGUGAAGUUUUAUGGGAGUUGCAGUUCUAAAAUAGCUAGAGAGCUACCUGGCUAUCCCUGCUGUAUUGUUAUUGUGGAUGUAUAAUCUUUGUGAUGAUGCUCUGCCCACCGCAAACACUCCUUUACAUUUUUAAAUAUAAUGUUUUGCUGGGCAUGUAGUUGGAAAACAUCAGUCUUGAUUACCUUAAAUGUAAAAAAAAAAGCUGCUGGAUUAAUAAUUUAGUCUACCUUUGCAGCCAUUUGUUUGACCUUGGUACCACAGUUCUCUCCAUGCCGUCAGUCAUUGUUCCCCUCCAUUACAUGUGUAUUCGGUUUAAGUUCUUAAAGGGUUUUUGAAAGCAUGUCAUGCAAUAGCUCAGCAUCUUAAUCACAAUAUCCAGGCUGAAGCAACAGGAAAAGCCAAAGGUUUUUUUUUUAAAUAAAGUUUUAUAUUAUAUAUACUUUUACUCCAUGUUUGCAUACAUGGAUACCAUUAUAUUCUAGGACAGAUAGAUACUAUUUCACAUGUUUUAAAUGUAUAGCUUCAUAUACGUUAUAUUUAUUUUGUAGACACGAUAUUGUGAAUGUACAAUUUUUUCCCUUCUUUCUUUUAAUGUUUUAAUAUGUAAACAGGUUGACAAUGCUUUAUUUUCCAUUUUUUAAAUAAAUGGCAUGAAAGUCAUUAUGUAUGCCUCUGUCAUCUUUUAAAUGAGGAUUUGCAGCAUGUGGUGUCCACACAAAAUGUCAGAUUACAUGAUCUUGGCAAAAUAAACCAGUUAAUAUAUUUUAUGCUUUCAGUUAUUCCAACAAUGGAUAAUUGUAUCAUGAAAUGUGGCUCUUGCCAUCUCUGAGCACUCUAUAUUUUGAAAUAAGGAAAUUAAACAUUUUUAAAUUGUGACCACUGCUACCUCUUAAUUGACAAUAUAAGAUACAAAAAGGGCAUUGAUAUAUACCAUAUUAUCAAUUUUGUGGUAUUGUCCCCCAUACUUUAAAAAUAAAUACAUUUUUAGAAAGGCAACAUACUAAGUGAUGGCGUAUAGUAAGCUGUAUGAAAUACAGUCUUUACAACAACUUGUGUGUGUGUAGAAUUCUAAUGACGAAUGAAUGCAUAGACAAAAAAACACAGGCUAUGUUGCAUGUUGUAAAAUGUAAAUCGAAUGUCUUUAAUAAGGUCUUUAAGAACUGUGUUGUAUUAGCAUAGGUUGUAAAUGGUCCUUAGAGGGUACAUUUAUUUAUUUUUAACACACCCUAUAUAAAUCAAUGCCCUUAAUACGAAAUAUCCUUCACAUAUAUAUAAUUUACAGGGAGAAUACAAUAAUGAUAUGCUGAUUUGUAAGUCUUGGACAUAAUCAUCUUACAUUUACACACCAUACACUCCCCUUUGCCUAUUACCUUAAAGAACAUUGAUGAAGAAAUGUAAAUGCAGCUCUGGGCUGUAAAAAGCUUCUGAGGUUUCAUAUACUGACACUUUUAGACAAUGACUGAAGUCUUCAUUGGCCAUAUAGCAUUUUGAAAUGGGAUAAGGCUGUUUAUUCUAAAGAAUGUUACAAAGAAAACGUUGCAAAGCAAGUUUGUAGGGUCUUCACAAAUUCUGCCUGCUCUAUGUUAUGUAUCAAACUAUAAGAUUAUUAUUAUUAUAUUUAGGUAGCACUUUGUCACAAGACAUUUAAAUUCAUAAAGUAUAUAUUUAACGGUCAUUUUUUUUUUUCUUUUUAGCAAAGUGUCAGUAUUUAUUUGUGCAUGUCAAAUGGCCAAAUCCAAUGCCUUUCAGUGCUUUAUCUUAAAACUAUACUCUAUAUUCUCAUGCUACCUAUCGGAAACAAGAGAAUGACAUACCUGAUCAGUUGUAGAUCAUCUACACUUUACAGGAGCACACAGAACAACAAUUAGAGGAAUCACAGUGAAUUCUAUGUAAGAUAGUGGAUAACAACUUUGAAAAAAAUGUCUCACUGAAAAUCCACUAAACAAUGUCAGAGCCACACAUAAUAAUUUUUUUUUUUUUUUUUUUACAUUUGUAUUUUCAAACUUUCCCCUGCAUGAAACACAAUGGGUUUUUUUUAUUGGCUGAGCAUGCAGCUCGUUUCAACUGACAGAAAAUGCAAAUUAAAUCACUAGUUUAAUUUUGAUUUCUUUAUUAUUAGUUUGUUUCUCUUCAUUUAUUUUUUUAUUUUUUUUAUUUUAUUUUUUACAAACUAGCUUUAAAAUUUGCAGGAAAAUGAACACGAUCUGUGCUUAAAAAAGGAAUGUAUUUACUUGUGCUAGAUCUGCUCACAGUGAACAUUGUAAACACCCUAUCUCAAACUAUUCCAGUUGAGAUAUUGGGAGCAAGACCUUACAUGAGCAGAUUGCUCCUGCUGAUAGAUUCCUUAUGUUUCUUAAAUUAGUGUUUUAAUGUUAGCCUAACAAAUUCAGCUGCUAAAUACACACAACUGAUCUAGAAGUAUUGCAAUAGAGUAGCACUGAAGAUCCUAGUGAGGCCUCAAUGAAUUCAUUUGGCAUGAAAUUAUAGCACUUUUCUACCAUUCCAGCCAAAGUCCAUUCCAAAUGCUAUAUGUGGGAUUUGUCUGAAGGGUAAGGACGUCGCCAAGAAAACCAGAGCUGAGAAACUAAUACACUGCUCCCAAUGUGAAAAUAGUGGUAAGUAAAUCAGUGUUUCAAUGCUUUCCACUAAUUAGUACAUGUGUGUUGACUCAUCUGUUAAUUUUAUUCUGCUUAAAUUAAAACAUAGUGGCCAAAGUAAUAGUUUGUUAAAAUCACACAAUAUAUCUCUAUCAUUCUGUUCAGCUCUGAUCAUACAUAAUUAUAUUUCAGCAAUUGUGACAUGUGACUGGUAAUUUGUGCCCUUGUGGUUUAGAAAAAAAAAGUCAAAUUUGUCAUGCAUUCCCAAAAUUCGCUCAAAGUUUAGCACAUUUCUUCUUUAUAAUAUUAUAUUUACUUAUUCUCUAUAUUUAGCAAAUACGAAUUUCUGAUGCCUGUUAAAUAAAAUCUAAAUUAGAAAUUCACCCUGCUGCAUUUACUCUUCAAUGUUUGGGGUACCCCUCCUACACCCCCAUUUCCACCUCUCUGCGGCCAGACCCAUCUCCUUAGCUGAGAUCAUCAGUCUUGAUGAUAUUAGCCAACCCAAUGCAACAAAAUGCCACGCUGCACCUCUGUGCAGGGCCAGACUGGGAGAAAAAUUUAGCCCAGGCAUUUUUUCACCACAGCGGCCAACUAAGAAGGGGGCGGGGCAGAGGAAGUGUGUUUUGUCAUCACCAAUGACAAACGCGCCCCCUCUCAAAGUGAGCAUGUUGGUUCAAUGCUCUUCCAGGGCAGACCAUGCGCAGAGCUCUGCUGAAGAGCUCCAGCAUGAGAAAAAAGCCCUGUAUUUGUUCUGCACAGUGCAAGCAAAUUUAAUAACAUGCUUGCACUGUGUUUCCUUGCAACUUGUCUCUGGUGUCUCUAUAAAUGGAUACCAGGAGACAAAAAUGCCUGGAAAGAGUAUUGUGCAUGUGUUUGGAGCCUGCUUGUGGUAUUGCGUGUGUGUAGAGUGAGCUGAUUGUGGUGUGGUAUUGUGUAAUAAUGUUAGUCAUGUUGUGUUUGUGGUGUAAUGUGAUGCAUAUGUGGCUAGGGGCUGUAGAGAAUGUGUGUAUAGGGGAUAUAGCAAGUGUGUGUGUGUGUGUGUGUUUAUAUAGGUGAUGUAGUGUGUGUUUGCUUACAAGGAAUCUAGUGUGUGUAUGUGUAUAUAUAUAUUUGGAAGUAUUGUGUAUGUGUGUGGUGCAGUGUGUUGGGGGGGUUCUGUGUGUAUGUGAGGGGUGCAGUAUGUGUGUGUGUGAGGGGUGCAGUGUGUGUGUGUGUGAGGGUGCGGUGUGGGAGAGAGUGCUGUGUGAGAGAGUGAUGGGUGUGAGAGAGUGCUGUGUGUGAUGGGUGUGAGAGAGUGCUGUGUGAGAGAGUGCUGUGUAUGAUGGAUGAGAGAGUGCUGUGUGUGAUGGAUGAGAGAGUGCUGGGUGUGAUAGAGUGCUGUAUAAAUGUUAGAAUGGAUUGUGUGUGUGUGUGGGGGGUAAAUAAACAAAUAAACUAAGCAGGCAUUAUGUCCCCCCUCCUCCCCCUCCCUUCUUACCUUUAGCCUGGGAGGGGGAUGGGGGGGGACAGGCACACUGGUGACUGGGAAGCGGGGUGGCAGUGUUCCCUGGUGGUCCUCGUGGUGAGUGAACUCUAGCCUGCAUAGCCUGUGGGGCUAGAGUUCACUCUCGCGAUAUCCGGUCGUUGCCAUGGCAAUGCGCCAGAUCUCGCAAGAGGAACCCAGGGGCCUCUCUCCUGGCUGUCUCCUUCCCUCUCUCCCCGCCGGCGGCCUCAUUAUACAGCAUGUGGGCCGGUGAGGGAGAUCUUUGAUCUCCCCACAGGCCCUUCAUGAAAAACAGCUCCCAUGCCGGCCUCGGCCCAUGGCCACCGCAGCCCACCGGGCAUUUGCCCGGUGUGCCCGAUGGGCAGUCCGGGCCUGCCUCUGUGAGAACAUCUGAAUGGAUAUGUGGUUGGAAUCACCUCCAGUGGCUGUCAGCGUGACUGUCACUAGAGAAAUGUUAACUCUGCAAUUUUACUGCAGAAAGGCAGUGUUUUAUGUUAAAGCAAAAUGAGGCAUGGCACCCAGACCACUUCAUUGAGAUGAAGUAGUCUGAGUUCAUUUAGUGUCCCCUUAAUAUGUGUGGUAAUAGCUUGUUGAUCCAUGGAGACAUCUGACUGUUACUUUAGAGUCGAAAAGGAAUUUAUCCUCAUUUUGUGCAAAACUGGAAAUAAAUUCAGGUUGGUUGUUUCGCCUUCUUUUGGAUCAACAGGAGUAAUUCAAAUAUGUCAAAAGCUGAACCUGGUGGAUUUGAGUACUUUUAGGUUUAUAUUACUGUUUAACAAUCUAUACCCUGGAAAUGAGUACCUCCAUCUUGUUUCCCUGUCAGUCAUUGUUAUGCCAUUUGCUCCAAACUGUCAGUAAAUAAAGAAUAAAGUGAGAUGUGGAGCAACUGAAACAAUGGUCAUAGUGCAUGUUUCUGUUUCUCUGAACUGGAUCCAGAUGUCAAUUCCAACUAAAUCAUUAAUUCUUACACUAAAAAGAGAAGAGAGUAUCAUAUGAACAAAGGUUAAAACAAAAUAUAAGUAAUUUUCAUUUUUUAAAAUUCAAAUGUGUAAUUUCCACAGCAGUUACAGUUCUCCAUUUUAAUGAUAAUAAAUAUUUUCAGAAAAACAGAUCCAGUAUCUGGGCACUCCUCCUGUCAGCUGAUGUUUCUGGGUUUUUACAUGAACAUACCACAAAUUGGGAAUACGCAGUUUAUGUUCAUCUAAGCACUUUGCAUUUUGAAAUUAUCUGUAUCUCCAUAUACCUUAGCUGAUGCAGCUACUCCCAAACAGCUAAAUCAUUACUGAAUUUGUUUAAGUUGGUAAAUACAAUUCCCCUAAAAAGGGUCAGGGAAUUGCAUCCAUACAGUUAAGCCUCUCUAAUCCUAAAUCACCCCACUUCAACCCUCAACUCCCCAACCUUUAACUCUAUGACAAUAAUUCAACACUCACCCCCCUCUUCUGUGAUGCUGAAUCUGUCUCUGUUUUAGUUGCUUCCCACACAUGAUUUUUGGAGUAAUCCACAAUUUGAAGAAAAAAAAAAUACAAGUUGGAAUCAGACGGGAGAUCAUUUAAAUUAUUGAAUUAUUUGAAAAAGCCAACGCUUUUUUUUUUUUUUUAUUGUGUGUGUGAGAUUCAUCCUGCUCUCCUAUGAUAUUUGCUACUGCUUGUGUCCUACAAUUCAUUGAAUUAUUUUUUAAAUAUGAGAUAAUGUGAAUAAACGUUUGGAUACUGAAACUGGAAACAAUAACCAGUUUAAAAAAAAUAAACAUCCAUUCCUGAAACUUGAUCUAGUACUUAGCGAUAGUCUAGAGUAGGGGUUCCCAGUUAAUUUUUCCUUUGGAACCCUUUGACAUAGUGUAUCAACAUCGUACACCCACACUCAGAUACACACACACACUGGCACAUACACACAGUGUCCUAUACGCACACUGACACACACACACUGAUAUACACUGGCACAUACACACACAUACUGACAUACACACACACACUCAGAUACACACAGUGACACACACUCAGACACACAUACACUCUCACUGACAAACACACAUACUCUUUGACAGACACACACACAAACACAUAUACACUCUCACUCACAAGCUCACUUACACACUCACUGACAAGCACACAUACUCUCACUGAAAACCACACAUACAUACAUACAUACAUACACUCUCCGUGACAAACACACACACUCACUGACACACAUACAAACUCCUUAACAGACACACACAUUACAUUUUUUUUAAAUUUCACUCUACCCAGCCUCCCUACCUUUGGGAGUGCUGUCAUGGAGUCUCUGUUUCCCUUUGGUCCAGUGGGGCUGCUGGGCUAGCGUGCAAUCCCUGGGGUCCAGUGGGGCUGCUGGGCUGAGUGGCUAGCAUGCGGGCGUACAGUGGGGGUGGUGAGGGAGCAGUGAUCUUCCUGCUCAGCUCCCUCGCUCGCCUCUUAGAUGUGACGUCAUAUUCCGGCUCCGGCAUCACUGCUGUGCACGCAGGGGAGAGAAUCCUAGAACAGGGGUAGGCAACUUUCAGUGGACUACAUCUUCCCUGAUGCCUUGCCAACAUUAUGGCUGUAUUAUGGGAGAUAUAGUACAAAACAUCUGGAAUACUGAAGGUUAGUGAAGGUUUGCGAGAGUUAUUGGGAGAGAGGAGCUGAAUGUGUAGACGCAGUGUGCAGGGCCCCCUCUGCAGUAACAGGGAGUCGGGGGGCCCCACCAUGCCACCGGACCACCAGGGAAUGGAAUCUUCCCCCUCCCUGGACACAGGUAAGAAGCAGGGAGGGCGGAAUAACAUUUAAUUAAAUUUUAUGUAAACUUGAUGUGAAAUUAAUGUAAAAAUGCCCCUCCCCCCUUGCAGGCCCUAGUUUGAACAUUUACACACACACACUGCAUACACUAAUACAACACACACACACUACAUACACUAAUACAACACACACACACACUGCAUACACUAAUACAACACACUGCAUACACUAAUACAACACACACACACACACACUGCAUACACUAGUACAACACACACACACACACUACAUACACUAAUACAACACACACACGCACUGUAUAUACUAAUACAACACACUGCAUACACUAAUACAACACACACACACUGCAUACACUAGUACAACACACUCUGCAUACACUACCCUAACACACACUGCAUACACUACCCUAACACACACACUGUAGUGGAUGCCGACACUGCAUACACUAGUACACUACACUGACACACACUCUGCAUACAUUACACUGACACACACUCUCUGCAUACACUACCCUGACAUACUCUCUGCAUACACUACCCUGACAUACUCUCUGCAUACACUACCCUGACAUACUCUCUGCAUACACUACCCUGACAUACUCUCUGCAUACACUACCCUAACAUACACUCUCUGCAUACACUACCCUGACACACUCUCUGCAUACACUACCCUGACACACACUCUCUGCAUACACUACCCUAACACACACUCUAUGCAUACACUACCCUAACACACACUCUCUGCAUACACUACCUUAACACACACUCUCUGCAUACACUACCUUAACACACACUCUUCAUUUACUUCACUGACACACAGUCUGCACUCACUAUACACAUUUCAUUCACUAUACUCUUACAACAUCCACCACACAUUCAAACACUCUGCAUUCAUUAUAGACAAACACUGCAUCUAAUACAGACACAGCACUGCAUACACUAGUACAACACACACUCUGCAUACACUACCCUAAAACACACUCUGCAUUCACUUCACUGACACACACUCUGCACUCACUAUACACACUGCAUCCACUACACACACAUUCUGCAUUCACUAUACUCACACUGUAUCCACCACACAUUCAAACACUCUGCAUUCAUUACACAGACACUGCAUCUAAUACACACACACUACAUCCACUACACAAACACACACUGCAUCUAAUACACACAUUACACAAACACACACUACAUCCAUUACACAAACACACUGUAUUCACUGUACACACACUACAUCCAGUGCACAAACGCACACUACAUCCACUACACAAACAUUCUCUGUAUUCACUAUACACACUACAUACACUACACAAACACACACUGCUUCUUAUACACACAAACACUAUACACGCAUUACACAAAUGUAAAAUCUGCAUCCACUAUACACACUGCAUUCAUUAUACAUCCAUUGCACGCAUUCUAAUUCUACAUCCACUAUACACACACCACAUUCAGUCCUGCAUCCUUGUGGACGGACCCAGAAAGAGCCCUGUGGACAGAGUCAGGGUGGGCCCCAGGUGCCCAGACGUUGAGCUUUGUUAGGGGCCCCAAAAUUUCUGAUGGCAGCCCAUCAUUGAUGCUCAUUGGAGUGGUCUGGGUGCCAACUCCCAUCACCUUUAACCCUGCAAGUGUAAUUAUUGCAGUUUUUAUAAACUGCAAUAAUUACCUUGCAGGUUUAAGUCCUCUUCUAGUGGCGGUCUAUCAGAAAGCCACUAGAGGGAUUUCCGUGUUCUUAGAACAUAAAGUGUUUUUAAAUUUUGCUGGACGUCCUAUGCAUGAGGACCUCCAGCUUUGCCGGAAUCCCCAUAGGAAAUCAUUGAAUAAUGCUUUCCUAUGGGGAGGUCUAAUGUGCGCGCGAUUAGGUCUCCCCCACCGGCUGAUAUCGGUGGGGGAGGAGCAUGGGCGGAGCCUGAUUCAGGUAAGCUGAAUUCGGCGCUGAAUUCAGGCAAGUCACUGAAUAGGUUUAAACCCCUUCAGCAACAUGGGAUAGGGGGUGGGAGGGAGAGGGACACUGCAGGGUCCUGCAGGGCCAGGAAAACUGAUGUUUUCCUGAAACUGGAAAGUCCCUUUAAGGAUACCAAAUUAGGAAGCAAACAGCAGAAGGAUCAAAAUUUAAGAAUAAUCCACUUUUUAAUUCUGAUCUUUCAGCAUAUUAGUGGAUCAAUCUAAUUUGGUAUUCUUAUGUGGGAUUACCAUGUAGUAGGAUUCCAAAUUAGGGAGCCUUUUUUAUUAAACACACUAACACAUAAUCACUGAGAAACACACACUAAUUUUUUAAGAGGACCACCCAUCCUCCUUACCUGUGCCUGGUAGUGUUGGAGCGAAUCCUCUCCCUGGUGGCCAGCAAGUCUUUUGGGAUUACCGCAAAGCUCCCAUGUGCACUUUAUAAUUACACCGGAACCAGAGCUAAAUCAGCACACUACGAGACGAGCGAGGGAGCUAUGCAGGGAGAGUACAGUAGCUAUGCACUUCCCUCGCCAUCCAUACCCACCUGACCGUAUAGAUUUCAGUAGGGCAGGUGUCUACACUGCUAGUCAAACCCAGUCAGUCCCCCUCCUGAGAAUGGCCACCUUAGGCUUGCUCUGAUCUUACUUGGGCUUGAUGCCCAUGUGAUUUUAUCAUGCGCAUUUGCAGACUGUAGUACUUAUAAGGGCCAUGUACCCACCCCUGCUUUAAGGCCUUUUCACCUGCACUUUCAGGUCCAGACCAGCAGAGCCCUCAGCUCCUCCAGCUCACAUAGCCAACAAAGAGGCCUGUGAGGAUGAAGAGGGGAGCGGGAAGGAAAGCACGCAGCCCGUUGCAGCGGCCACCGCAAUUGAGUCCCACAGCCUGGCGUCUGCCACUAAAAAAGACAUAUCUGACCUCUAUGGCAGAAUCAGGCUGCUGUUUGAUGCUGACAUUGCCCUGGUAAAAACUGAGGUCCAGGCUGUCACAGACCGAAUACAGGCCAUGUGAUCGACCUCAAGCAAGGCCUGGCAGCCCUGGGGGACACUGUGCAGCAAAUGCAAACCUCACAUUCCUUCCUGACACACAGAGUGGACACCCUGGAUGACAGGAGCAGGCACAAACACAUCAAAAUCCGCGGAGUCUCCGAUGCAGUAUCCACAGAGGAGUUAGCACAUUGUCUUAAGCGGCUGAUGGCCACAGUCCUGCCCGCUAAACACUGGAUGGGGCAUAUCGGGUCAACAGACCCCCACGCGCCCCAACGAGCUCACCCAGGGACAUUAUUCUCAAAUGUCAAACCCUAUGGACUUUGAAACUCAUCAUCUUACUUUCUAUCAAGAUGUCACUCGGGCCACUUUACUAUGGAGAAAGGCUAUGCAGCCAAUCAUGAAAAAGCUACAAGAAGCAGGAGUGGCAUAUCGUUGGUCCGCAUCCCGCACUCUGAUGGUUCUCAAAGAAGGGAAGACGUAUACAGCAACAUCUCCGUCAGACGCCCCCGCUUUCCUCACAGUACUGGCCCUCACGGGGGCACAGAAGCCCCAGCGGGAACGACAACCAAUCCUCAGUGGGAUGUCUCAAAUGUAACACCCUUUGUUCCAUCCUGGAUCCAGGACUUAGUGACUUAGACCCUGAACCGACGGCACUAACUCAGUGCACCUCACCACUGUUGGCGGCAAGGAGAUAUUCACCAACGAACCACAUAAAAGUGGUACAUCACGGACUGGACUGCAGCUUACGUUCAUAACCUGGUUUAUUGUUUUCGUUCAGUUUUCUGUUAUCUUGCGAUGAAUGAUAGUUGUUAAACUAGAAAUGAGGCACACGCAGAGAACAUCUACAACUGACCCCCUGCUACCCCCCAUAGGCACCAAACAUUGCCCCCAACAACUACCACGCCCAUGAGGCACGUAUGCACUUGCACACAUCACAUCACUGACUUACCCGCCUCAUAUCAUGCUGCAAGCCCCCACACUAGGCGGGUAUAUAGCAACAAUCUAGGGAUAGUCGAUGACCUCUGGUAUAACAUCAGCAGGAAUCUGCUCAGCACACUUCUUCGGACCGUCAGGUAUCCACACAAUGCCACACACACCAAGACGUAUUACGCACACGAUACUUACCAGGUGCACCUUUUUAUUGUUUUUCUAAUUUUCGCUUUUCUUUGUGUUAUAAAUGCUGACUAACUAACUAGUCAUGUACAUUAUUUAAAAUGAGUGGUAAAAUUGCAUGGAAAUGUUAGACAGGCUCUAUGCUGCCCAAUCUUUUAACUUUUUGACAAGGUAUAAUCCAAUCCAUACGCACCGAUGACAAACUCGGAGUACCACCAAUCACAUAUGUAUCUGAGACACGUUUUCUUCACUAUUCUGUUGUCUGAUCCAACUUAUAUGUACCAUGUACUGUAUGUAUAAAAAAAAAAAAAAAUUUUUAAAGCUGCAAGCUAUGUGGAUGUGUUAAGCAGUGAAGCCUUGAAACUUUUCAGCUAUGCAUGUAAUGAACCUCUAGCCACCAUGGUCCUUACUCAGUAACUGGACACUAAGUUGUCUGUGUAGUCUGUAGUUUAAAGGGUAUAGAUUGGAUCCUUUAUUUUGAUAUUGAUCUGUGAUACAUAAUCUCCUGCCUUGCUGUAUGAACAAUGUAUGCUAAAUAUUAUUGUAAAGAAAUUACCAAAUUGUUGACAAUCAUUUAAUUACUGUUCUUCAGGACACCCUUCUUGCUUAGAUAUGUCUCCAGAACUGGUUGCUGUUAUAAAGAAAUAUCCAUGGCAGUGCAUGGAAUGUAAAACGUGCAUCAUUUGUGGGCAGCCACACCACGAAGAGGAGAUGAUGUUUUGUGACCACUGUGACCGUGGCUACCACACAUUCUGUGUUGGACUUGGUGCUCUCCCUUCAGGUAUGUCUUUUAAAGAAUUAAUAAGCAUACAUUAAUGGAACACUGUAGAAAACAUUAAAGGAUAUUGAUGAUAGGGCGUACUUGAAAACCAGAGUAAUCUGAAUGUACCUUUCCUCCUUAAAUACUUUAUUAUAUGCGUGGGGGGCUACAUUAUUGGGGCUAUUUAUUGAAGUGAGAAUGCAAAGUGAAUUUCAAAUAUAAGGCCAGAGUACCUCAACUGAAAGCAUAACUGACUUAGAGAAUUUUUCUAAUUUGUUAUUUUGACUUUAAAUUUUAAAAUCACUUUGAAUACUUACUUUAGCAAAUGACCCUGUAUAUGACUACUGUUCCAGACUUACUCCAUUUGCCUGGUUCUAACCUAGUUUAAUUGCCAAACACUUGGGGACAAGUCCAGUGCCGCUAUUAGGCAUCCUUUAGGGGGCCCAUAUGGACUGGGACUUUUAACAGAAUUUUAGACUGCCUCAACUUGGCAGCACUUGGAGGAAGUGAUGCCAGAUCCCUUCCUCUCAGGGCUUCUGGAAUCAGCACAGUAGGUUAAAAGAUGAGCCUGCAGUCUGAUUCCCACUGGACUCAGGAAAGUCAUCCUCCAACUGCAAAAAGGUAAUUUAAAAAGCAGGGAGUCUAAAUAAAACAUCAGUUCAAAUGUAGGUAUGUAUGUGUGUAUAGCAAUGUAUGUUUAUAUUUGUGUAGUGUUACAUGCAGCAGUUAUUGUAGAGUAUAUGUGUGCAGCAGGCUGUGUGUAGCAUUGUGUAUGAUUUUCAGUGUGUAGCAUUGUGUAUGAUUUUCAGUGUGAUUGUGUGUUUAGUACUAUGUGUUUGCCUGCAUUGUGUAUUGAAGUGUGUGUGUGUGUACCCGUGAGAGUGUCUGGAUUGUAUAUUUUUUUUGAGAGUGAGUGUUGGGGUAGCCAGAGAGUGGGGAGCCCAGCCUGUACGUUUGCAAAACAAUUCUGACGGGGGUCCUGUACAAGGCAUUUCCAGUUGUCUUCUAAUUCUGCCUAGCGUAGCCUAGAUGUGUAUUAAAUGUGUAUUAAAUCAUGGUGUCCUGAGCACUCACAAAACUGUAAGUGCAGUAUAAAGUAGUUUUUCCAUGUCAUUUUCAUGGCCGGCUGUCCACAGUGUUAUCUUGCUGAUGUUCAGCUCUGGAAUAGAUUGUAUUUCACAAAGAUUUAAUGAAACAUGAUCACAAUUAUACAUUUUGUUUUACUGAAUUGCCCAGCUCCCUAUUACUCACAGAUGACGAAAAGAAAAUCCUUCAGAAAAGUAACUUCAUUAGUAAAUGCUAAAUCGGUUUUAUUUCUUUAAUAAACAUACAUGUCGGUUUUACUUUAGCUGUAUAUCCCUGGUCUAGUGAAAAGAAUAAAAAUACUAUAAUUGUACACAGUCAAUACAGGAUACCUUGGGACUUGCUCAGCAAAGAACACUCUGUUAAACACCCAUUAAUUGUGAUUGUAACAGUCCCCUUUCAUUUGUUUUUUUUUGUUUGUUUUAAUUUCUUUACUUAUUAGAAGGUAUUUCUUACAAGAUUAUGAACACAUCAUAAUGGAUAGAACAUUAACCUGAAUGGAUUUUUUUUUGUUCAAAUAUCCCCUUUCUUUUUGUUUUCUCCAAUUUCACAGGGCUAGCCAAAAUGAUUUCCCGUUGAUUUCCACUUGUUUAUUAGUUGAAGGAUUUAGCUUUUAGCCAUCUCUGGAUUACGCAAUUUAGAAUAAGGAUUUACAGGAACAUGUUAUCUAAACCCUCCUCCUCUCCAAUAAAACAAAACAAAUAAAACUUGGGGUUUUUUUGUCUUUUUUUUUUUAGGUCCCUGGAUUUGUGACUGUUGUCAAAAUGUUCCAGCCACACCAAAAAAAGGAAUCAAAAGAGUCAAAAACAGUAAAGAAGGAUAGCAGACUGUUUUGUUUUGUUUUUUUUAAUUUGUUUUUCAGAUGUUGAUUGCAGAAGUCUUUCUACACGGUUGCUACUUGACCAGAUAUCUUUGAGUGCUUUGAAAUCAAUUGCACAUAUGUAACAAUUUUUCACAUUUUUACACCAACUAAUAAAACUUUUGGAAUUAUUUGCUGGCAUAAUGGGACCUGACAUGAAUGGGAAUGUUUUGUUUGUAUCGUGUGUUGUCUUUCUUUUUUAAAUCUAUACCUUAUUUUAGACUACAAAUACCUCAUAUUGCUGGUUUAAACAAGAUACAAUUACUUGCCCUUAAAACUCCACUGUGUCUACAUAAACUGUGUUGAAGUUGCAUUGUGUUAUUAACUAAUCAUAGGGACUACCAAGAGGUCUGUAUUAAUGUAUGAAAUUAUUGGUGUUAUAGUUGUGUAAUAAUGUUUUAUAUAAGAAGCAUGAGUAAAUGCCAUUUUGACUUUAAUUCUCAAAAUUUCAUGAUUAUGCGCAUAUCAUGUAUCAAGAAUCAUUUUGUUUAACUAAAGAAAUGUUAUAAAUUACUGCCAUUUAUUUGUUGUCAUUGGUGUACUAACCGCAACCUCAAAAGCUCUUUGAAGCCUAGAAAUUGCACGACACAAAGGUAAACCUGCCAAUAAAGUACACUUUGUCACAAUAAAUGACCUGAAAUCUGGAAAUGUUGACUGGAUCCAUAAAAUAUUAUAGUUUCAUGGGUUAAUACUGCUUGGUGUCCUAAAUAUUAAAAUGCUUUUACUAUGUUCACACAAAAACAUGCCCU